CCCACUUGAGCACAUAAACUCACUGACUUUGGCCCAUCAGUCGAAAGACGGCUGCUUCUGCUCAGCUGUGAGAACCACAGGGUGUGAUGAGCACAGCCUACGAAAGGAACUACGGUUCCGUCAACCUGCCCGUACGAUCGCGGUUUCUCCCCACAAAGAACAACAGGCAUUCCCAAAGUGGUGUGUCCAGCUCCAUUCCGUUCAGCAGCCGUCACGACUGGAAGGCACCCCGUUUCAUGUCGUCUAUAAUGGCCAGGCCAGAGAAGAAGCUAUGUACCAUAGAAGAGAUGCUCAACAUCAUAACGGCACCUUCGAAUGGAUACUACGAGAUCCCCACAGACCCCUAUAAUGAAGUCUUUUCAAAUAUCUACAUAAGUGACGGGACGACGGCUAUGUGCACUGGUCUCCUCCGCCGUCUGGGCAUCACUCACGUACUCAACGCGGCCAUGGGCAGUGACAGAAGCUACUGUCUGAUAAACACAAACCCAGCCUUCUACAAGCCUUCGGGUAUUAAGUUCCACGGGGUGGAAGCUCUCGACCUCAUGAGCUUCAGGUUGGAUCCGUACUUCGAGGAAUGUGCAGAUUUUAUUGCUGAUGGCCUCGCCUCAGGAGGGAAAGUUCUGGUGCACUGUAGACAAGGCAUCAGUCGAUCGGCCACCCUAGUAUUGGCCUACCUGAUGAUCAAGCGUGGGAUGACAGCGCAAGAAGCCCUCAGGGUUGUCAGAGCGCGCAGAGAAAUAAUCCCCAAUGAUGGCUUCCUUCAGCAACUCUGCGAUCUCAACGAGAGACUUCAAUGCAUUUGAACCCACAUAUCGCACGUUAUAAUGAAGGUAUCCGGUGUGAGUACAAGUCUGUCCACUGUUGAAAUGUUUCGUACGAAAUAACCUGGAAACAAGUUGUUCUUCAGAACAUUUUGAAAUGGAGGGACAAACACAUUAGCUAUCCUUGCGUGUUGACUAAAAUCAAGUUGAAAUGCGCUGGGCCACCGGCGUCUGAAACAAGGGCUCGUGAGAGAACUGAUGUUCUGAGGCUGGAACAACAUAGAAGGGACAAUCACAUAUACAAGGCCUCAAGUUGCCUGAGAAAUUAACGAUGAAAGAUGAAAGUCACCGAAAAGGUAAGCCAAAUGUGGGUUCGAGUCCUACAGCUGGCUAACCUUUUCAGUGACUUUUAUCUUUCAUGGUCCUCGUGUCACGAUUGCCUCAUUUUACUAUGAUCACCUGGUGAGAUUCCAGUGAGUUAACAUAUAAAGGAGUAGUGGGGUGACUCCCCCCACCCAAUAUUACUUUUUAUAAUAUUUUUGCUGCGUCAUGUUCUGCAGCAAAUGAAAUGCAAAAGAACGAGGAGCACAAAUGACCCAGAGAGCACUCGAGAGAAGAGGACAUUGGAACGAGGGUACGAUAUGACGUAACAAGACCCCCGCGUGGCACGGGGAUUCCCCUAUGUCACGCGAGGAUAAUGUUCACGGCUGCUUUCUCCACCCGUUCUUGUAAAUUUCGUUGCGCAUGUAUAAUAGCCCGCAGAGCGAAAACAUCUUCACAAAUGAAACUGGGUUUUCGAGCCACGUUAAAUGUCACCUCAUUGCUCCUUUAAUCUAAAUGAGCCAAGUAUAGCUCAGUUAAAAUGCAUUUUGUUCGAGUAACAUUAUAAGUGAGGAUGCUCAUUUGUAUACACGGUAUAUACAGUUGUGUCUCACUUAUCCGUAACUCCGUUAACCUGAAAACUCAUUACUGGGAACAAACUCGCCAACAUUAUUUUUUUAUCCGGUAUUCCAGAAAGAGUGUCAUUCUGAUUUGCUUAUACAGAAAUGUAGCAACGGCCUCCAUCCCUGGCAUUUGCCGACGUUGGUACUGGCUACGGUUUGGCCCCCUUUUUGGUCAGAGGUCAGUCACUGGAGACUGGACUAGGCAGACAGUAGAGAUGGCUCCCAAGAAACACAACAUGUGGCUGAUUUCUACUGAGCAGCAAAACUCGAUAUGUGAGCUACCCAAACAAUCUGAAAGUAUUUCUAGCCGUCAAGCCUGGAUUAAAGGAGCACUAAGCCCACGAUUUACGAUAUUUUUAGAGAACAAGAAGGCACUUGAUUCCACAAGGUGGGUGGAUAAACGAGACACAACUAUAUACCUACGUAGUCAAGUUGGCUGUGAGACUACUCUGGAUGUAUUGUUUUAUAAAUAUUGGCACUGUAUAAAGAUCAACCACCCUUCAUGUAUCAUGUGCAAUUUAACCAUGUUACACAUUUUUCACUCCCAGGAUGUUGACUGUAAACCCAAAUAAAUUUGAGAUCAAACUUC